AUGAUUAUAUGUCCUUGUGCAAUUUGUCGCAACCUUAGCCCACAAAUUGAUGACGACUUAGAGAUACAUUUGAUGCGCUAUGGCGUUGAUCCUGAUUAUGAUAUUUGGUGUGCACACGGUGAAGAUGCGGGUCCAUCUACACAAGUUGUAGACAAUGAAAGUUCAGAUCAUAUUGAUGUGGACUAUGAACUUCCAGAAUUCAUAGAGGAAGAGUACAAAAAGAAAGUAGAGGAGGCUGAAGUUCCUCUGUAUCCUGGGUGUAAGAAGAAGUACACAAAAUUAUCAGCCACCCUCAUAUUGUACAAAUUCAAAGCUGAUAAUGGCCUUGCUACUGAAUCAUUUGAUGAAUUACUUGAAGUUUUCAAAGACAUGCUUCCAGAUGUUAAUACUUUUCCUGAAUCUGACUACACGAUAAAAAAAUUCUUGAAAGAAUUUGAUUUGGGGUAUAAGAAGAUUGAUGCAUGCAUCAUUGAUUGUUGCCUAUUUAGAGGUGAAAAGAAGAAGAACAUGCAGAACUGCCCCGAGUGUAAUGCUCCAAGGUGGUAUGUGAAUCCACGGACCAAUGAGAUAAAUAAGGGAGUGCCUGCAAAGGUUUUGCGUUAUUUUCCUAUAAUUCCUAGGAUUCAGAGGAUGUUUCUUUCAGCAAGUAAUAGUGAGCUGUUGACUUGGCACUCUACUCAUCACAGUCAAGAUGGCAUGAUGCGCCAUCCAGUCGACUCAAUUCAAUGGCGCACUGUUGAUCAGAAGUGGCCAAGCUUUGCUUCUGAGCCACGAAACUUGAGAUUUGGACUAGCCGCUGAUGGGUUUAAUCCUUAUAAAAAUCUAAGUUCAACACACAGGAAUGACAUAGACGUGUAUUUGGAGCCAUUGAUAGAUGACUUAAAGGAGCUGUGGAGUAAUGGGGUGGAGAUAUAUGAUGCAUACAAGAGGGUGAUGUUCAACCAAAAAGCUAUCUUGUUGUGGACAAUAAAUGACUUUCCAGCUUAUGGUAAUCUAGCUGGUUUAACUACAAAAGGGGAGUUUGCAUGUCCUGUGUGUGGUCCUGAGACGUUUUCUAAAUGGUUACAACUUGCAAAUAAGACUGUGUAUAUGUGUCAUCGAAUAUUUCUUGCCCAAAACCACGCUUUCCGCUCUAAGUAUAAGUGGUUUGAUGGAACAAAGGAAAGAAGGAGACGACCAAAGAUAUUUACUGGAUUGGCUGUUGUACUGUCAUUAUGUCACAAUUUGGAUGUUAUGCAUAUUGAAAAGAAUGUGUGUGAAAGUGUGUUAGCAACCAUAUUAGAUGUCAAUGGUAAAUCGAAAAUUGACAAUGAGUCUCAUAGAAAUCUUGAGUUACUAGAACUGAUGGAAGAUGUGCCAAAUGAUGAAAAACGUGAUAAAUUAGAGCUACCAUAUGCACCUUACACAUUAACAAAGGUUAAGAAACCUAAAUUUUGUGGUAAGUUGUAUUUUCAAAGGUUUCCUGAUGGGUAUUGCAGUAAUAUUACUAAUUGUGUCAAGCUGCAACAGUGCAAGAUACAAGGUCUUAAGUCCCAUGACCAUCAUGUUUUAAUGCAACAACUGUUGUCUGUUGCAUUAAAAGGGCUUUUACCUGAAGGCCUAAGAAAAGCAAUAUGGCAUCUAUCUUCGUUUUUCAAUGAGUUGUGUCAAAAGGGUAUUGGACAAAAAAAGGUUGGACGAGUUGGAAGAUGA